UAACAACAACAAACACUGGCGCUCUCGUGGCCAAAUCACACACUUCCUUUUUCUCGCCGAAGUGUCCUUUGGCACGCUUUUACAGUUAUACAGAGCGGCGCUCAGUUUGUAGACAACGUUUGCCGUGGCGGCCCGAAAGGAACGGACCAAAAACUAUUUUUCGGUUAAAUAGCAGAUCCAACUGUAAACGGCACCGCGAAUGAGCAGCCAGCCCAUAAUAGGCAGCUCCCAACAACAACAACAACAAUACAAAAAAAAAAAACGAAAAUCCCCUCGCAUGUGUAUGUGUGUGCGUACGUCACAGCCCGCGACGUGUGAAGAGUGUGCGUGUGUGCGAGUGUACGGGGAAAAAUCAGUAAAAUGUUUAUGCAAAUCAUGCGACAAAUGUGCGCCAAUCGCGUAAAAUCGUAAAGUGCAUUAAGUGAAACAAAAUUAUAUAAUUAAGUAGCCUAGCGAGAAGCUUUUUUGGCCAUUAAGGAGGAAAAAAUAAUAUAGGAGAAGAGGUUGCUGCUAACUGCUGCUGCUGCUGCUGCUACUACUACUCUCCCUGUGCUUCUUCUUCCUGUCCUAUCCGUAUCCGUAUCGCCGUGUAGGUGUAGCGCCAGUGUGACAGUGUAUUGGUGUCUCGUGGCCAGGAGCCUGUCGGUGUAGUGGCUAGUGUGUAAGUGUAUGCACUGUGGGUGCAACAACGUGAACGCUUCAUCCCGGAAGUGAUUUGUAUAAGGCGAAAGCCUCUGAAAUUUUGCACCCGAAACGGAAAUAGUCGGUAGUGUUUUGGUGAUGAAGUCAUGUGGAAGUGGCAACAAAGUAAACACACAACUACAGCCAUGGCCAGUACAAUUAUUGGCGAAACUUAAUUAAAUGCUGCAUCAUUUGCAAAACUGCAAAAAGGAAUUCUUAACAAUCGCAAUAAAACUUUUGUCGAACAAAAGUAAUUAAAGGACCUCGCACCAUCACCAAUACCAAUACCAAUACAAUACAUAGCUCCACAUUGCCGCUAUGCGACAACAAAGUUGCUAGGAGCCAUAAGGACGAAAGGAGUCGAGAGUCGGCAGGUGACUAGGGGCCAAGAGCAGGAGCAGAAGCGGGUACAGGUGCAGGCCUAACGGCAGGAACUGAGGAAUCUUGUGCAUGGCCAGACGCCAGCUGACGUUGCCAGCCGCAAACAGCUAACAGGACGAAGGACGAGCCACCCAGUCACGGCCGCAAAAUGCAGAAGGAGAACAAUGUUACGGCGGAGAAUUGCCAAUUUGUGGGGCCCUAUCGCCUUGAGAAAACUCUUGGCAAGGGUCAAACGGGACUCGUCAAGUUGGGCGUGCAUUGUGUGAUUGGCAAAAAGGUCGCGAUUAAAAUAAUCAAUCGCGAAAAACUCAGCGAAUCGGUGCUAAUGAAGGUUGAACGUGAAAUUGCCAUAAUGAAACUAAUCGAUCAUCCGCAUGUCCUUGGCCUGAGCGAUGUCUACGAGAACAAAAAGUAUCUGUACUUAAUAUUGGAGCAUGUAUCCGGCGGGGAGCUCUUCGAUUAUUUGGUGAAAAAGGGCCGACUGACGCCGAAGGAGGCUCGCAAAUUCUUCAGGCAAAUCAUCUCCGCCCUGGAUUUUUGUCAUUCCCAUUCGAUUUGCCAUCGAGACUUAAAGCCGGAGAAUCUACUACUGGACGAGAAGAAUAACAUUAAGAUAGCGGACUUUGGUAUGGCAUCCUUGCAGCCAGCCGGCAGCAUGCUAGAGACAUCCUGCGGCAGCCCACACUACGCGUGUCCUGAGGUCAUACGGGGCGAGAAGUAUGAUGGCCGCAAGGCGGAUGUCUGGUCCUGUGGUGUUAUCCUGUACGCCCUGCUGGUGGGUGCGUUGCCCUUCGACGACGACAACUUGCGCCAGCUGCUGGAGAAAGUCAAGCGCGGCGUCUUUCACAUACCGCACUUUGUGCCGCCCGACUGCCAGACCCUCCUGCGGGGCAUGAUUGAGGUGAAUCCCGACCGGCGUCUCACGUUGGCUGAAAUCAACCGCCAUCCCUGGGUCACAGCCGGGGGCAAAGGUGAACUGGAGCUGGAACUGCCGAUGAUGGAGGUGGUGCAGACACAUGUCAUUCCCACAGCAACCGCAGUGGACCCGGAUGUGCUGAAUGCCAUUUGUUCGCUGGGAUGUUUCAAGGAGAAGGACAAGCUCAUCCAGGAGCUGUUGAGUGCGAGUCACAACACGGAGAAGGUUAUAUACUUCCUGUUGCUGGAGCGCAAGCGGAGAAGGCCUGCCUUGGAGGAUGACGACGAGAUAGCCCAAAAGUCCCGCAGUGAACUGGAUGCAGUGGAUCCUCCUCGAAAGCGUCUGGACACAUGCCGUAUCAAUGGAACCAAUGCGCCCAGCUAUGGGCAGAUCUCUGAGGGCUCACCGCUCACGCCUAGACGACAGGCCUUUAAUUUCCGGUCGUACAGCAGUACCCGAAACCACCAACGCCGCUCACCCACCACGGUGUCCUCGUCGGUGCGGAGCUCCUCAUAUCACAGUCCCACGCGUUGCAACUCCCCGAUGACCUCCGCCCAGCAGCAGGCGAAUGCCAUUUCCAGGCCCUCCUCGCCGGCGGCUGGAACUCGGCACUCCACCUACGGAGAUCGGGACCGCUCCGGAUCAGUGCAUCACUCCUCGGUCAGCCGGACACCGUCGCACAGUUCGCAGAAGAGCAUCGAGGGCGAUGUGGUGGUGGUGCGGGAGCCGCGACUCGAGCGGCGGGACUCACUGCGUCAGGAAAGAGGUGGCGGAUCGUCGCGGGAGCGAGGGGAUUGCGGUAUGCCGCCGGGCAGUCCGGGCGGCAACUCCAGUGGCUCCACGGCCGCCUCGCCGUCGGUGCACCAUCGUGCCAACUCAGGUCCGACCAUUGCCAUUAGUAUGUUCCACGAUCCAGAGUCGAAUAGUGUUGUGAAUCCCAAUGGCUCGCCGAUGAUGAACAACAGCAGUCCGGGUAUGCCAGGAUCGCCGUGCAACACGCCCGGAGGACAGCUCUGGAAAACGCGACUCACCAACAUCAAGAACAGUUUCCUGGGCAGUCCGCGUUUCCAUCGCAGAAAAAUGCAGGUUUCUGCCGAUGAGGUCCACUUGACUCCUGAAUCAUCGCCGGAGCUGACGAAGCGUUCCUGGUUUGGGAAUCUCAUCACAACCGAAAAGGACGAAACCUUUACAAUUCUGGUCAAGGGCAAACCCAUAGCCACUGUCAAGGCCCAUUUGAUUCAUGCAUUUUUAUCUAUGGCUGAGCUAUCGCAUAGUGUGGUGUCCCCCACAUCCUUCCGUGUGGAGUACAAACGGAAUGGCAAUGGGCCCGUAAUGUUCCAGCGCCACGUCAAGUUUCAGGUCGACAUUAGUGCCAUUUGCAAGCAAGGUGACAUAGCAGACAUGUUGUUUGCUCUGACAUUUACGCUCCUAUCAGGUAAUAUUCGGCGUUUCCGUCGCAUUUGCGAGCACAUACAAUCACAGGUGUGCUCCAAGCGGUUCCCGGGUCCCAGCAGUCCGCCAACGGUGACCACCGUAACCCAGGCCGUGUCCGAGAGUUCCUCCUGCGGAUCGGUGUCCAGCGAGAGAUUAUCCUAUAAGCGUCAGGUGAUUGAGAAUGAUAUAGAGAACGAUUCCAUAUUUUCGUACAAGGCCGGCAAUGGUCGUCGAGCAUCGACCACUAACAAUAAUAAUGCCAAUCCCGUUGAUAUUCCUGGCAGUCCCAUAGCAGUGCGAUCAAACUCCGAGACCGCUGAACACGAACGCAACCGCGAACUGCAGAGUGAGCGCCAGGCGACAACGAUGUCCGGUAGUGCAAUCGCAUGAGAAUUAUUUCUCUGAUUUAGUUACAUUUUUCUCAAGGAUAUUUGUUUUGAUAUGGCACUAGUCAACUCUAAAACCAGCAACCAAAUAAUGUACUUUAACUAAGCAAACGAAUCAGCAUAACAGCUGACAAACAACCAACUUGAAAAACAGUAUUUUUUCUGAAAUACGAAUAGAGUCAGAGAUUUUCAAAAUAAUUCAACCAAAAGCAAUAAUAGGAAAAUUUAUAUACACUAACAAUGAAAUAUAAGUAAUUCAAAUAAUGAAUCAGAAUCAGAAUCAGAAAUUUUGUAUGCCGAAUCGAAUGAAAAUAACUUUUUGCUAGCUGCUCUAGCUUUUAUCAGAAAACUUGAUUUUCUAGUUAUUGAUUUUUUGAGUGAUUUUUAUUGUAUGUUCUUUUUGAUGGACAUUGUUGCCGCCGCGCCUAAAAAGCUUGCAAAUAAAAACACCGUGUAAAAAUAUACAAAAAACAAAAAAAACAUUAACAAAAUUAAGAAGGAUAAACAUAGCACCUAGCUUAAGACGAACCAGCUAUUAUAGUCAUUUUCUUUAAUUAGUAUAGACCUCGUAAUUAGCUACGCAGAUGAGGAUCGCUACUCAAGAAAAUACGCUGACAAUUUGUAUAGAGUAUGUAUAAAGGAUAUUAUGCAAAAUGCACUGAUCUUUAAAUAAAAAUUAACAAAAAAGUAUAGAGAAAAGAAAGUAAACUUUUGCAUUAACGUAGCGUUGCUGUUUUUUUCUAACAAAUCAAAUCGAUAAACUAUUUUGCUAGCCAUAAAAUAACAAAUAAAAAUCGACGAAGCAAGAUGAAAACGCAACUAUUUUUCCUAAAAACACAGACAAAGUACUAAAGCAAAUCGCGUAAACUUUCAAACUUCAGAUAUAUGCAUAUAUGACGAUCAAAAGAGUGUUGUGCGGUAGAUGAACUCGAAGCCAGAUAUAAAGCAAGCUUAAGGAAAAAUAAAUAAGAAUUAAAGAUAAUAUUGUAUAAUGUAUGAUGUACAUAAGAGAGAUCGGCACAGCACAUGGAUAAUUAGGCAUAUAAAGGCACCUUAAAAUACCAGAAACAAUAUAUAUUUUGCAUGGGCAUGACAUAAAGCUUUCUUAACCAGUACUUGUAUAAAAUCAAUUUUGGGACGAAACAUAUAUCUAGUAUGUAUAGUGCAUGGAACAGGGAUUGUACAAAUUGUUGAGUUGCACACCAGUGACGAAAAUACCUAAGAGAGAAAUUCGAUUGGAGUUUGUAUAUUUUUUGUAUCGGAGAUCCAGAGUUCGGUGUAGAGCGCACUGGCUUGGAUUUAGAACCAAGCAAGCUGUCCACAAAUGCACAAAUAACCUAACAUAGUUUUUCUCUCGGUGUAAGAAGAGUGUGUCGCCUGGCAACCCCCAAUAACAAACAAUCACAUUGAAUCCUAACCUCCCUCUACCUACCUUACUUUUGAGUGGUUUUCAUAGAAUAUAGUUUUUUUGUUUUCGGUUUUCUUGAAAAUAAUCAGAGUUGGUUUUUUUUUAUAACGACACAUACGAUAAUUUGAAACUAAAAGACUUAAGAAAUUGACAUAAAGCUAAUGAAAUCCAACAAAAAACCGUCCAUUUAUCCACUUAAAACUAAACAACAAUGUAGUUUCAAGCUGCAACUCAGCAAUUUGUGGAAUCAACCCGGCGACGAGUGUAAAGCGACAACUGAUUAUAUGUAUGUACGAAUAAUAUUUAAAAGGAUAUAGUUAUUUAAACUGUGUAUGACAGCAAUAUCAAAAUAGUCAAGGGACGAUUAUAAGAAGGCAACAGAUCGAUACUAAAAGUGAUUAGAACAAAUAUUAAACGAAAAGUUCAUUAAAAACAAAAUGCUUCAAUGAUUGAUAAAC